UAUUACUCCAACCCCAUGAAAGUUGACACGUUUUCGUCAACAACUUUAUAUUGAAGGAGUGCCUUUGAUUUGACGGCAGUUCGGCACGAGACAAACCUGAUGAUGUGUUUCUGCGUAUUAGCUUAGCAAGCCAACAUUGCAUGAUCGUGGAUUUCAGGUGGCGAAACAUGCCGGCCAAAGGUCCUCUGCAAUCUGUCCAGGUUUUCGGACGCAAAAAAACAGCCACCGCUGUUGCUCACUGCAAGAGGGGGAAUGGCCUCAUCAAGGUGAAUGGCAGACCCCUCGAGAUGAUUGAGCCAGCCACUCUCCAGUACAAGCUGCUGGAGCCAGUGCUGCUGCUGGGCAAGGAGCGUUUUGCUGGAGUUGACAUCCGAGUCCGAGUGAAGGGUGGAGGACAUGUCGCACAGAUCUACGCUAUUCGUCAGUCCAUCUCCAAAGCCCUGGUCGCAUACUACCAGAAAUAUGUGGAUGAGGCCUCCAAGAAGGAGAUCAAGGACAUCCUGAUCCAGUACGACAGGACCCUGCUGGUUGCCGACCCUCGUCGCUGCGAGUCCAAGAAGUUUGGUGGACCAGGAGCCCGUGCCCGCUACCAGAAAUCUUACCGUUAACCUCUCUGUACAUUUUCAUGUAAUAAAGUUGAGGGAGAAAAUA